GCUAGUUAACUUGGGAGUGAGAGUGAGAGUGAUCGAUCCAAGAUGUUGGGUUUGUUUACUCCGCGGCUCAAGGGGAAGGUGACGCUUGUGCGCAGGAGCGUCAUCGACUUGAACCACCCAGGAGACGCCGUCAUCAGCCACGACACCUGGGAUGAGCUGACCACCAAAGGCGUCACCUGCCAGCUCAUCAGCUCCACCGUCGCCGAUCCUAAUGAUGAGAGCCGGGGUCUCGUGGGUGACGAGCAUCAUGUUGAUUACCCGGUGUUCCACUUACAACCAAUCAUCCACAGCGAUUCCACCUACGAUGUCACCUUCAAGUGGGACGUGAAUAAGCUCGGCAUCCCCGGCGCCGUAAUCGUCAGGAACUACCACGCCACCCAGUUCCUCCUCAAGACAAUCACCAUUGAACAAGUCCCCGGCCACCGCGGCCCUAUCGUCUUCCUCGCAAACUCAUGGGUCUACAACACCGACAAGUACCACUACAACCGAGUCUUCUUCACCAACGACACGUACCUGCCGAGCAAGAUGCCGGCGUUGCUACGGCCGUACCGAGAGGACGAGCUCCAGAUCCUUCGAGGGGACCACCCCAAGCAGGAGAACGGCGAAUACAAGGACCGUGACCGUGUUUACCGCUACGACCUCUACAACGACCUCGGCGAUCCAGACAACAACAACCCUCGCCCCACCCUCGGCGGCCCCGACAGCCCGUACCCUUACCCGCGCCGCGGCCGCACCGGCAGGAAGCCCACCAAGUUGGACCCCACGUGCGAGAGCGCCAAUGUGGUGCCCCUGCUCCAGCAGUUCUACGUCCCCCGCGACGAGUGCUUUAACCACGCCAAGAAGGCCGACUUCACCGCCUACGCCAUCAAGGCCGUCAAAGGGGGCAUCCUCCCCCUAGCCAGGGAGCGAUUCGACAGGAUCACGCCCCGCGAGUUCGACGACUUCGACGACAUCUACAAGCUCUACGACGAUGGUGGCCUUAAGAUCCCCGACAUCCCUGCCCUCGACGCGCUCUACAAAGCCUUCCCGCCGCUCAGAAGCAUCAGCCCAGCCCCCGGGGACUUCCUCUUCAACAUGCCCAUGCCGGAUGUCAUCAAGGAGGACAAGCUCGCAUGGCGGACGGACGACGAGUUCGCCCGCGAGAUGCUCGCCGGCCUCAACCCACACAUCAUCACGCGCCUGCAGGAGUUUCCUCCCAGGAGCAGCCUUGACGGCUACGGCGACCAAAACAGCAAGAUCACUCCGGACCACAUCCAGCACAGCCUCGGCAGGCUCACUGUCGACAAGGCCAUCGCCGACAAUAGGCUCUUCAUCCUCGACCACCACGACAACUUCAUGCCUCAGCUCCUAAAGAUCAACAACCUCUGGGACACGUUCGUCUAUGCCACCAGGACGCUGCUCUUCCUCCAGGACGAUGACACCCUCAAGCCAAUCGCCAUCGAGCUCAGCACGCCCCGCCUCGACGAUCUCGGCAUCAAAGUGGUUGGCGCCGAUAGCAAGGUCUACACGCCCCCCUCCGAGUCCGACAACAAGGUCCAGCACACCAUCUGGCAGCUGGCCAAGGCCUACGCCGCCGUCAACGAUUCCGCGUGGCACGCCCUCAUCAGCCACUGGCUCCACACCCACGCGGUGAUCGAGCCAUUCGUCAUAGCCACCAACCGGCAGCUCAGCGUCACACACCCCAUCCACAAGCUCCUGCAGCCGCACUACCGCGACACCAUGAUGAUCAACGCCCAGGCACGCCAGCUCCUCAUCAACGCAGGCGGCCUCUUCGAGAUGACCGUUUGUCCUGGUGAGUACGCGCUAAGAAUCUCCUCUGACGUCUACAGAAACUGGAACUUCACCGAGCAGGCGCUGCCGGUAGACUUGAUCAAGAGGGGCGUGGCCAAGGAGGAUAAAGACAGCCCCUACGGAGUGUCUCUGCUCAUCAAGGACUACCCGUACGCUGUGGAUGGGCUGGCCGUCUGGUCGGCCAUUGAGAACUGGGUCGACGAGUACUGCAAAAUCUACUAUCCCACCGACGACGUGCUUCAAAACGACGUCGAGCUGCAGGCAUGGUGGAAGGAGGUGCGUGAAGUCGGCCAUGGCGACAUCAAGGACCAGCCCUGGUGGCCCAACAUGACAACCGUGAAGGAGCUCGUCAGGUCAUGCGCCACCAUCAUCUGGAUCGCCUCCGCGCUGCACGCGGCCGUCAACUUUGGACAGUACUCAUAUGCUGGCUACCUCCCGAACCGCCCCACAUCGAGCCGGCGCCCAAUGCCGGAGCCAGGCACCAAGGAGUACCAGGAGGUGGAGACUAAUCCGGACAUGGCCUUCAUCCACACCAUCACUAGCCAGUUCCAAAGCAUCAUUGGUGUGUCCCUAAUCGAGGUCCUGUCCAACCACUCCUCCGAUGAGGUGUACCUGGGACAGCGUGAAGAGCCACAGUGGACAUCAGAUGACAAGGCUAAAAAGGCCUUCCAGAAGUUCAGCCAGAACCUGAUCAACAUCGAAGGAAGAAUCAUCAAUAUGAACGAGAAACAGAGUCUCAAGAACAGGAAUGGUCCAGCAAAAUUCCCCUACAUGCUCCUCUACCCCAACACCUCUGACACCGAUGGCGAGAGCGCCACCGGGAUCACCGCCAAGGGCAUCCCCAACAGCAUCUCCAUCUGAUCAAUGUUUAUGGUACAGUAUUAUUUUUUGUCGUAUAUGUUUCUCUACUUUCACAUUGCAAAUAAGAAAUGAGUAUAUGUGUGUGUCUGUAUGGGGUCAGAAGCGUGCUCGUUCACGUUGAGGCCGAGUUGUGUUUGUUUUUCUGUUGAUGAAGGGGGUCAUCGCCUUGUAGUCAGCAAGUUUUUUUGAGCUUCAAUAAAAUAAAAAGGCAGAAAAGACACAUGGUUAA